CAGACUGGCCUCACCCGUUGAUUCAAGCGCCCAAGGUUCUGGGGAACAGCAUUCAAAGGCCUCUGCUAACUGCCUUUUGCUUCUCAGAGUGGUUCCCCAGGAGCAUAAAAUAUGAGAAGUGAAACUGAACAUGUCACCCCUUUAUGAGAGGAGGGGAAGCACCCUGAGGGCCCUUUCUCUUGGGCCAGUUAUUCUUCUGUUGGUCACACACAGGACCUCGCCAUGCAGGUGCUCAUGGCCGCCUUUCUUGUCUGGUCUCUGAUGUCUCCCCAGGGCCGUGGUACGGAAGCCUGGCCCACACACACGGCCUGCAGGGAUGGGAGCUUGCAAGUCCUCUACCAGAGCUGCGACGCAUUACAAGAUUUUGGCUUUUCUGUUGACCAGUGUCCCAAACAAUUAAAACCAAAUCUCAACAUCCGAUUUGGAAUCAUUCUGAGGGAGGACAUCGAGGAGCUCUUUCUGGACGUCGCUCUCUUCAGUAAAGGCCUGUCCAUUCUGAACUUCUCCUACCCCAUCUGUGAAGCGGACCUACCCAAGUUUUCUUUCUGCGGAAGAAGGAAAGGAGAGCAGAUUUAUUAUGCCGGCCCUAUCAAUAAUCCUGGAUUUGAAAUUCCUGAGGGAGAGUACCAAGUUCUGCUGGAACUGUACACCCAAGACCGCUCCACCGUGGCCUGCGCCAACGCCACCCUCCUCUGCUCGUGAGCACCUCGAAGCGCGGCCAGCUGGCCCGUGGGAACCGCGGCUCCUCACACUGACCCUGCCGUGAGGAAGGACCGGCGGACGACAGAGCGAGCCUCUGCAGAGGCGCAGGUGCUGAUUUCAGCCCCAGGACCAGCGGUCCCCGGCCUCCGCGGAUGUAACGAAGCCCCCGAAACAUCUGCUUCUCAGGAGCUCCCGGGGGUCAUCCAGCAGUCUUGAGGGUCCGUCCCUCUUCCCUAAGUGCUCACCUGACAUCACUCACCUUGUUUCAGCUCCUGGGGGCCCUUCCUUGGUCGCCCAGAAUAAAGAAACCGGUACCACAAUUGUGCCUCGUGGUUUGUUAAGGAAUCUUGGUACCAUCCUGCAGCUCUGACGUAAGUUCCUCUGCACACAGAGC